AUGGCGGCAAUCAGUAGCUUCUUCCGCCUCCUCCUACUGAUCUCCUUCAUGCCGGCCCUUGUCUUGACAAGCAUUGUCUUCGACAUCGAGUUGGUCCACCGUGACUCCCCCAAGUCGCCACUGUACAACAACUCAAUGACGACCUUCGAUCGCCUGCAGGUCGCUGCCCUUCGCUCGGUCAAUCGAGCUAGCUACUUGGCCAAGCGUAUUGCCAUGAAGACCUCCACCGACAUAGAUGUCCACGUACGCUAUGAGGAUUGGGAAUUCUUGAUGGAGUUUAGCAUGGGCACGCCAAACCCGCAACAUGUGUGGGGCAUUCUCGACACCGGGAGCGAUCUAAACUGGGUCAACUGUGUGGGCUGCGAAUGCUUCAACAAGACCGCCACCCUAUUCAAUCAUAGUGCAUCCCUUUCCUACAACAAAUUAACUUGCAAUUCCGAUGAGUGCAAGAGCUUUUUCCAAGGUCAUUGCGAUGAUGAUAAUAUGUGCGUGUACCAUUACACCUACGCCGAUGGCUCCAACAUCGACGGAACGUUCUCCUCGGACACCUUCAGUUUCUACUCGUCAGAUACGAAGCAACUUACAUCCAUUCCAAAUAUUCUAUUCGGUUGCAACUUCCGGUCCUUUGACACCAUCGACAACGACUUCGGUAGUACCAUUGGGUUGGGCCCCUCGUCGCCAUCUCUGAUCCACCAACUCGCCCCUAAGUACAUCAGCAAGUACUUCUCCUACUGCCUCGACUCCUGGCUCUAUGGGGGACUCGCUAGCAGGCUCUUCUUGGGACGCGACAAUACCACUGUUAUCGGAAAUGCGACUGUCACGUCGUUCAUGACACAAGAUAACUACUACGCUGUGCAGCUUAAUGCCAUCUCUAUCCCGGGUGAGUUCAACAUCGAUUACAGUAGUAGAAGGUCCAAGUUGAGGGCUGGCAACAUCAUCUUUGACUCCGGCACUGCCAUGACCAUACUGGACACUCAAGUGGUGGAUGAGUUGGUGAGGGAAUUGACAAAUUACAUUAGCUUGCCAACUGUGAAGCCGGAAGAGCCAUUCAAAUUGUGCUUCGAAGUGCACUCGACAGAACAAGAGGAGAAGUUGCCAGGGUUGUUGUUCUCAUUUGCCGGGGAGUUGGGGAACUUCAGGGUGAGCCCUGAAAACCUGUUUACAUGGUUUGAUGCGCAUGUGAAAUGCAUGGUGAUAUUGGGAACGAAUGGUAUGCAGAUCUUUGGGAAUGUUAUGCAGAAAGAUGUUUUGGUUGGACAUGAUCUAGAAAAAAUGGAAUUGACCCUUACAGAGAAAAAAUAUAUGCUGACCAAAUUUGAGAUGAAGAGCAACCGGGUGAAGAGUGUGAGCUUCCACAGCAAACAUCCUUGGGUCCUUGCCAGCCUUCACAGUGGCGGUGAGCUCAAUCCCGAGGAAGAAGACUACUUCCAGGACAGCUUCGCCGAGCUUAACCCCAAGAAAUCAUGGGCCAAGAAGCUCAAGGAGGCCACUCUCAGCCUCAAAGUCAAAGCUUUCAGAUCUUAUUUCAAAUCCCUGUUCCACAGAUCUCGACCACAAAUGACAAAUUGGAAGGCCCAAAAACCUCGAGAUGCCAUCAAAAUCCAAACAUGGCGGAAGACGAGAGCUGGAGCAAGUCCUCCGCCGCUUCUUCCAAGUCGUCGUCCUUCUCCAGCGAGUUCAGUGGCGGUAAGUCCAUGCUGA